AUGGGCCUGAGCAAGGCCAUAGACGAUGUUCCGCGUUUUCCAACACACCAGUUUACCAUUCCAAUCGACCACUUCCACAAUGAAUCUCGCUACGAGCCUCACACAACUGAAACCUUCGAGGCGCUGUACAAAAUGGACGAUACCUUCUACAUCCCUGGAGGUCCGGUCAUUGUGAACACUCUCGGAGAGGACUAUUUAGACGCACAUUGGCUGCAAGCUGGCCUGUUGCGCGACCUGGCGAAAGCUACCGGCGGGCUUGCAGUGGUAUGGGGUCAGCGCUAUUACUACGGCGGCGACAUCGUCCGAAGUGAUAGCUACACAAAGGAGAACCUGCGGUUCCACACCAGAGAGCAAGCGCUCGCGGACCUGGCCUAUUUUUCUCAGCAUGUGGAGUUCCCAGGCCUACGAGACAAGAACUUGGCUGCUCCAGGAACGCCUUGGAUAAUCAUUGGAGGCUCGUAUGCCGGCCAGACCUCUGUAUUCGCAAGAAUACAGUACCCUGAUCUAUUCUGGCAGAAACUCAUCGACAUCGCCAACACAAUCUUUGCCAGCGGGAACGAGUCCGCGAUCCAGGAAUUCAAGGGAGGCUUUGGCGCAGAAGACGUGGCUUCUAACAACGGCCUUGCAACUUUCUUCUCCCUCGAGCUGUCCACAGAGUAUGCCUCAGACCUAAAGUGGAUUCCGCGUUCGCGAACUCCUAUUGAUAAGCCUGGAGGAUACUGCAGCGACAUCACCUCGAGCCAUAUCCCUCGACACGUUACUGCGAAACAGAAAGCUACCGCGCGCUCAGUCAUCGCAAACGGAGGCCGGGCAGACGAGACCGAGACUCUGCUACCAAGCGUGCUCCAUUGGUUUGAGCGAGUCUCUGGCUAUUUCCUGGUCCUCUGCGAUUCAUUGAAGAAGUUGGACGAAUGCCUGUCAGAUCGGACUCCCAGCCCUUACGUCUGGAUCCAGUGCACCGAGUGGGGUGGUUUCUACACUGGGUACAUUGCAGGCUCCCCAGACCGUCCGGAAGCGCUUUCAAUCGCCACGACACUUCAAAAUCCGACCUGGUACAUCGAGCGAUGUCGCAAGACUUACAACUUCAGCAGCUCUUACCACGGCCCGGAUCUCGAACGAGUGAACAAAUACGGCGGCGUCAACCUCUCGGCCCCACGCCUGAUACUGUCGACAGGCUCAAAGGAUGUCUGGCGCGGCCUGACACCGCUCGCCGAGCAGUUGCCGGCUAGUACCCAACCCAACCCCAGAGUGCAGAACAACGGGACUACGGACUCGCCUCAGAUUAUUAUGGCGGGUGCGGGUCACGAAUGGGAUCUGGACGAUAUUCCGAAGGAGAAGUACACGGAUGCGGUGCCACCGCCCGUAGUGAGGGAUGCGCAGGCUUUGGAGAUCAAGACUGUGCAGAACUGGCUUGUGGAGUGGAAGGACGCACACUGUUGA